UUCUACAAUAUUGCUUUCUCAAAUUUCGAAGAAUACUUCCACCAGCUGUUAUAAUGAUUUCAAAAAAGGGCAACCCAUAUCAAACCUGGAUGAGACGUUCAUUUAAGGUUGUGUUAGCGCAGCAUCGGCGCUAAUUAUUAAGUGGAAAUAGUACGGAUACAAUAGGACGCAUAGCUUAUUUUAGGCGACCUUAUAGGCUUAGGUACCUAGUUCUAGGUGAGUUCCCAAGUAAGUGCCGCCAACAUCCCAAAGGGAUAUUACACAGCUCAAUAAAGUACCAACAUGCGUAUAACAUACAUCGACGCGUGCGCGCAGAUGUUCCAAUCAAAGAGCGAAGGUGGGGACCGGGGCCAUCCCUUGAUAGUUUCUUUGUGGACUUAGUCUUCGACUUCCCAACGUCAUUUUUCAAAUUUGAAAAGAGCAGAUUGUGAAGAGGCCCAUGGUAACGACCGAGUUGAAAGCGACUAUGGCAUCUGAGAAAAGCGAUGAGCCUUCCGAUGCCCUGCAGCAUACGGAUCUUGAUGUGCAGGCGGAAGAGUCAACGCCAAAAGAAGGUGUAUUUGCUUGGGUACAGGUCCUGGGAGCUUUCGUUCUGAACCUCAAUACCUGGGGCAUGAUGAACUCGUUUGGUGCCUUCCAGACUUUCUACCAGUUGGACAUGCUGAGUUCUUACUCCUCAUCGAACAUCGCCUGGAUCGGGUCCACCCAAUCAUUCUUACUUUUCCUUGUCUCUCUUGCUGCCGGUCCCCUCUUCGACGCAGGAUAUGUUCGAUGGCUUUUCUGGUCCGCAUCUUUAUUGGUGAUCGUCGGCAUGUUUCUCACUAGCAUCACUUCCGCCUACUGGCAGGUAUUCUUGACACAGGCCUUGAUGAUGGGUCUUGGAUUCGGCUGCCUAUACCUACCUGCGCCGGCUAUAGUCUCCCAGCAUUUCCACGCCAAAACUGCGCUGGCAAUGGGCGCAUCAUCUACCGGUAGCGCUAUUGGCGGAAUCAUAUACCCCAUCGCAUUUAAUGCGCUGCAGCCACAGGUCGGGUUCGGCUGGGCCACCCGCGUGCUGGCUUUUAUCCUUCUAGCAACCUCUGUCAUCCCGGUUUUCCUCAUGAAAUCGAUUGCGCCGCCCCGACCGACUAGGGGAUUGAUCGAUCGCACUGCCUUUAGAGAUACGCCUUAUCUCGUUUUGAACUUGGGCCUUUUCUUUGGCGUCAUGGGAUUCUAUAUCAUCUUUAAUUAUGUCGAGUUGUUAGCAUUGGAGCGAACUGAUGUCUCUUCCCACCUAUCCGGCUAUCUACUCGUAAUUAUUAACGCCGCCUCACUGCCCGGCCGCAUCAUCCCGGGUUACUACGCUGACCGGAUUGGAAGCCUCAACACACAGGCUUCUGUAGCGUUGGCAGGCGCCGUGCUGACCUUCAGCAUGCUUGCGAUCCGAACUACCGCUGCCCUGGUCGUUGUUAUCGUUUUAUACGGCUUUAUGGCUGGCGCCUUCAUGGGGCUGCCUGCUGCUAGUAUCGUCAGCUUCUGUCCCGAUAAAAGUAAGAUUGGCACACGCCUUGGCAUGACCCUGGCAUUUAUAGGCUUUGGUAUGCUCGUUAGCAACCCUAUAGCUGGCGCAAUUCUCGGCGACGAUGAGGACUGGGUCGGUUUGGUUGUGUGGUGUGGUGCUUUACUUGUGGCUUCUUUCAUAAGCCUUACAGUGAGCCGAAUUCUUAAGGUUGGGUCAGGACUAACCAAGGCGAUCUGAAUUAGCUGGAAAUAAUUAAGGGUUACUUAAUAAUACUUUUAUAAAAGGCCCGGUAGGUAUGUUUUUGAGGUUUCUCCGUGUCUGAGAUUGUGACGAAAAUAUCUUACCGGGGACUAACGUAGAGAGACACUUUCUAACAUACCCGUAUGUUCAGUUGAAUAUGAUACGUACAUAGUAGAUGACAAAUAACAGGAAUUGAAGGGAUAUUACCUAGUUACCUAGAAACCUACUUAGGUAGAUAUGUUACGCGUGUACUCAUCCCUUAAUUUACAUGGCCAAUAUUGGACUCAAGGUUAUU